CUUGGGUUCUUUGUAACACCCCACCCCACUCCAUCUCUUGCUUCGUCCUUAAACCCCCCGUCCUCUCUCUUCCACCACUCCUCUCUUCUCUCUUCCCUUCUCUUCCUCCGCUACCAGCAUAUCCUUAUCCCACCUUGUAAGUCUCCUUCUUCUCCUUCGACUGCUCGGGUUUCUCCUUCACAGGCUUGGUUUUCCUUAGCCUUCCACUUCUGGGAAAGAGAGAAGAAAAGAGCUCUCAGGAACCACAACAAAGCUGCCACCUUUUCCAUUUGGGAUGGGAGACCAUCUUGCUUUGCUGGUGGACCGCCUGCUUACUGAGUCAACGCUUGAAGCAGCCAUUGCAAGCAGAAAACAAGCGCAAAUUGGGCCUGUCUCGGCAUCACUGGAGGAUCCCGGGAGUGAAUUAGCUCAGGAGAUAAUUGUUGCAGAUAAGACAUCCCUGCAAAAAUUGGUCGAGUGCCGAAUCUGCCAAGAGGAAGAUGUGGAUUCCAACAUGGAGAUUCCCUGUGCAUGCUGUGGCAGUUUAAAGUAUGCUCACCGAAAAUGUGUACAGCGGUGGUGUAAUGAGAAGGGUGACAUCAUUUGUGAGAUUUGCCUGCAGCAAUUCAAGCCAGGUUAUACCGCUCCGCCUCCGUUGUUUCACUAUGGAAGUAUCCCCAUGAACUUCAGCUUCUGCAUCUUUAUCAGGGGAAGCUGGGAGAUUUCCCGACAGGAUCUGCAUGAUUCUGAGAUCAUAACAAUGGUUCCAUCAGAUCGUGGUCUUAUGGGUUCCGACUAUGAUGAGCAUUCAGCUGCAAGCACCAGAAGCGCAAUUUAUUGUCGAUUGGUUACCAUUACUUUUAUGGUUCUUUUGGUUCUUCGCCAUACUCUUCCUCUCAUAAUAAGUGGUGCCGAGCAGUACUCAUUCACACUUUUCUCACUGCUGAUGUUGAGGACUGCUGGAAUACUUCUACCGGUCUUCGUAGUGGCAAGAGCUCUAACCACAUUUCAUCGCCGGCGCCGGGUGACUCGAGAUAUUCCUGUCUCUACGUUUGAUGGCGAAAGGGUACAGUCUCAUUCCUUGCAGUCUCAACCACACCUCAUUCGUGUGCACUAACACUGAAAAGUUGCUGCUUUGUUGGUGCCAAAAUAAUUCUACCAUAGAUUUGGUGAUGCAAGAGGGAUAAACCAAAAAAGAAUUGAGGAACAUGACAUGAAUCAAGCAAAGUGUCAGGUGGGAUUGCAUGAUGGCGUUAUUUUGACAAGUCUAUCAAAUUUAAACCCCUGUAUAUAUGUUAUGAUAGUUUCAAACUUCGCAAAGGAUGCCACUUGCUUCAAAUGCCUGAAGAUGUUCUGCACAUUAAUUAUGAAUGGAAAAGAAUCUUUACGAUGUUGAGAUUUUCA